GAAAGAUUCAUUUCUUUUUUGCAUUCUUUGUAAAUACAAUAAAAAAAUUUCCCAAUAUUCAUUCCCCUUCUUUGCCUGAUGUAGGUAAAGUCUUCAAUGACUUUCAAACCCUAAUUCAUCACUUUAGUCUUUCACUUUGAUCUCAUUUGCAAACAGCUAAAAACAUCUUGAAAAACAUGGCAAGUGUUGAUACCUUUGAAAAAAACCGCAAUAAUAACAGAGACCUUGCAGACGAGGAAGAAGAAGAGGAGGAGGAGGAGGAGGAGGAGGAUCGUAACAAGAUCAAUUACAAGACAGGAAAUGAAGGAGAGAGCUCAAGCAACAGCUCGGUUGAAGAAACUGGAAAAAAGUCGACCACCGGAUCUGUUCGGCCGUAUAACCGGUCCAAGACGCCAAGACUCCGGUGGACACCGGAUCUCCAUCUUCGCUUUGUUCAUGCAGUUGAAAAAUUAGGAGGACAAGAUAGAGCAACACCCAAGUUGGUUCUUCAAUUGAUGAACAUCAAAGGCCUUAGCAUAGCUCAUGUCAAGAGUCAUCUACAGAUGUAUAGAGGCAAGAAGAUUGAUGACCCCAAUCAAGUUAUUCACAAGAAAGAGAUAGUGUUUCAAAAUGGAGAUCAUCAUCACCAUAUACAUAAACUCAGCCAACUCCCCAUGAGACAAAGUUUCAAUAAUCAAAGUCCAUCUUCAACUUUUAGGUAUGGUGAUGUAAUUUCUUGGAGAGGGAACAACAAUAAAAAUGUAUUGGAUAUGACAAGCAAAGGGUUGUAUUGUUCAGUUGCAACGAGAUUAUUUAGUAGCUGUAACAACUACAAUUCACUUAGCUUUAGUUCACAAAGGCCAACGAUGGGUACCAAUUGCACACCAUUAAAGAGGAAGAUGAUAAGUAGCAUGGUAUCCAACAUUGAAGAUCGUUUAGAUUUGGACUUGUCAUUGAAAGUGACAACAGUGGCUGGUGAAUUUGAUGAAAAGGGUUCAUUAGCUUUGGAUGAUAGUGGUGGUUUGUCUCUUUCAUUGGCUUCGUCUUCAUCAUUUUCAAAGCUUUGUAGAUUGAAUAAGGAAGUAAAAUAUGGGGAUGGCAAUAGGAAACAAGAGGUAAGGACAAUGGCAAGUACUCUAGAUCUCACUUUAUGAAUACGAGGGUCCAUAAUAUAUUGGUAGUGAGAUAGUCAAGUAUUUUAGUCAAAAUAGACUUUUCGAAGAGAAUUCAGGUUCAAACUUUUGAAAAUGAAAUUGUUCUGAGGGACAGUUUUGGACCCUGAACCUUUAAUUCAAGGAAGAAAAAUCAAUGUGUCAUAGAUAUUGUCUAUUAAUGUAAAUCAAUGUGAGCACAAAGGUGAAUAUUAGUCCA